AUGCUCUAUUUAAGAAAAUAUUUACCACAAAAUCAUAAUCAACUUACAUGGAAACAAAGAACAAACAUCAUUGCUAAUAUAAAUAAUGCAAUUUGGUACUUCAUUCAAGAUGACACUAUUCAUAGAGAUUUGCAUUCAGGGAAUAUAUUAUAUUCUAACAAUUCUGAUAGUUGGUAUAUAAGUGAUUUUGGAUUUUGUGGUCUUAUUAAUAAACCAUUAGAAAGUAUAUAUGAAAAUCUUCCUUAUGUUGCAUCUGAAGUUAUAGUUGGAAAAGGAUAUACAUUUACAUCAGAUAUAUAUAGUUUUGUAAAAGAAAAGAGACUGCAAAUCGUACCAGGAACUCUACCAGGAUAUAAAAAUUUAAUGGCACAAUGCUGA